GAUGCACAGUCUAUAUUUUUAGCUUUUCUUGUUGGCCACGCUUGUGUCCUCCCUCCCCUUCCUUUGUGCGUUAAUGAUCAUGCUCGUGCGUUAUGGCUAAUUUAUGCCCCGGUAUAUGUGUGUUAGAACGGUCAACACACGCACUCACAUUCCAACGAGAACAGGCGGUGCAAAAUGCCUAUCGCCAUUCUAUUCAACCGUUUUCUUUAUCCAGGGGAUGAAAAUAUAGAGUGCGCGACAAAACGCAUGGAUAUGUGAAUCUUUCUGCUUUAUCGGUGUAGCUGUUGCUCAUUCUCUCGUUUCGGGCGAUUCCGUUGUAGCUCUCUCGAUGAAGGUAGAAAAGCUGUACCCGGUCGCUUCUGCAUGUGUAUCAAUAACAUUCGCAGGAGAAGAAAGAAGAAAGAAGGUUGCGGUGCCUGUUUGACGGUGAUGUCUGGGUAGCUCGGAUGUGGUGAUCCCCAGACUGAACAGAGACUGAUACUUCCUCUGCCGUUGCCUGCGAGGUGAAAUGGACAUUGCAGAGGAAAGACCAUGAAGACAAGAACUCACAAAGAAUCAAUGCCCAUGCGCAGUGGGCGGAGGAGGGGGGGCAGUGAGGAGAGGAGGGGUAGACGCCCGCACCCCAGCCCGUCUCGAGCCGAACGCAACGACAGGCAAACGCAAAGAGCCACCGGUGAAGAAUUGGCUGCAAACCGCUUCAAUCGGCGUUCGCAAGGUCACGACUCAUCAGAGAGCGAAGGGGAGGAACAUGGGCCUCCACCGAAGAGGCAGAAAGUCCAGGAUCCCGCCCCAACCACAGCCCCCCCUGCUUCAACUAAUUCUACCGAGAAUACCCCCUCCACUGUCCCACCCCCACCCCCGGCUGUAAGCCAAUCACGGGAGAGUGACAAUGAGGAUGGACAAUCCCAAGGUAGCAGGAGCUCGGUUGUAGGGAGCCUGGCCAAUAGCAGCAGUAGUCUAAGCAGUGGGCGGGACAUAGACCAGGACAACCGGUCCUCCUCUCCGAGUCUCUCCGCCUCCCCAUUGGCCAGCCUGGACUCAGACUCCGACAGCCCUGAUUCGCCCAAGCAAGGAGAGAGGGAACGUGAAAAGGGGAAAGGGGGAGGAGUGGGGAAGUCAGGGGGGGAGGACAGAAGAACUGCGAGAGAGGCGAGAGGGGAGGAGUCUUGCGGAGAGGCGGAGAGGAGAGAUGGCGAUGGGAGGAUGGACGACAGUCCUGCUUUGAAGCCACCUACCGCCCCUUGCCCUUCCUCUGCCCUCACUCCCUCCGUCCGUGGAGGGGCUGACUCCAGCGUCGCCGAGGGCAACAGUGGCAGGAAGUCCUACUUCUCCUUGGACUCCAAGCUGGUGAAGGUGGAGUACGGAGGAGCCGCCGGCGGAGACGGAGGACAUGGCGGCAGUCGGAUGAACGCCAAAGCCAACACUCAGUGCGUGACCAAGACAACCGUCUCUGGGGGAGACUAUCCCCACGCCAACCCCAAUAUUCCGCACGCCCCUCCCCCACCGCUGCCCCCUCCACCCGCCCUGAAGCCGCUGGAGCUGGGGGGUCCGAACCUCCCAGUCGAGGCCAAGGCAGAAAGAGACAAGCUGGAGAAGGCUGAGAAACUCAUGGACAAGACCCAAUCCACGCCCCCUUCCCUGUUACCACAAACUAGCCCCUUGCCCCAGCCUCAGCCUUCACCCCACCCCCAUCACUAUAGCCCCACCAGCUGGCAGGGUGGCACGGCAACCGGUUGCCAGGGUAGCUGGGGUUACGCCCGUUACCCCGGUAACCACCACCCGCACCAGCCGCAGCACCAACCCCCAGUGCAGCAGCAGCAACUGCCAUCCGUCUACAACCCCCCCUCCUCCCGCCUCUCCUCCGCCUCGCGCCCCCCCUACCUCCCCCACCCCCACCCCCACAGGGAGUACCUGCCCAGGUACACUGGUGGGGGAGGGGACAGAGAGAGGGGGGCGACGGGAGAGCGGGAGAGGGGAGGCAGAGGCGAGUUUGGAGGGAGGGAGAUGAGCAGGGAGUUCUCUGCCAGUGUAAGCAGCAGCGGUGGGGGUGGAAACAACAACAACACUAGCGGGGGGAUGGGGGGGCCCAAUGGUCUGCAGGCCAGAGAGUUUGGCUCUCUGUCGGGGAGUCAGAACCGCGAGUACCCAGGUCUGGUAGCACAGGCCCCUGGGAGAGACGGACCCAUUGGUCCUGGGGGGAGAGAAUUUGGGUCAGGGUUUAGGGACAGAGAUAGAGAGAGGGACAGGGACAGGGAGAGAGAGGGAGGAAGGGAUUUCUCUCUGCCCAAUCAGAACCAGAGUCGAGACUUUGGAGCAAAUGGGACGGGACCUGGGGGAGGUCACUCCAGAGACAAGGAAGCGGGCAGGUGGGGCGAAUAUGGGGGGCAGACAAGAGAGGUGGGGGGGAACAGCAACUCUAACAACAACCCCAUGCCCCCGAGCAACCCUCCGGGCUCGGCUGGCGGGUUACCUGUGACACCCAUCCUAACCCGAGACCCCCCGUCUUCACCCCAAAGCACCACCACUCACCCCUCCCUCUCCUCCCUGCCACCUCAUUCUCACCCCCAUCCUCCAAACCCCUCCAACCGGGAAUACCCCCCCUCGAUAGACCAGGCCCCGCCCCCUUCCUCCGGCGGAGAGCACUUCCACAGGGAAUACGCCCCUCCAGGAGGGAAAGACUACCCACCUGGCGCAGCCUCCUCCACUGGCACCCCACGGGAGUACCCCAGCCCCCCCGGGAUGACCCCCAACCUGGGGAGGGACUACCCUGGUGGACCCCAUUCCUCCCACCCUUCCCACCCCUCCCAACCCCACUACCAGGUCCAGUCAGCCAGGGGCCGAGAGAGGGACUCGAACCUGCGAGAGGCAGCUCUUUAUCAGAGCCGCGGAGGCCCCGCCCAACCCCCCUCCCACUCUCCUUCCUCCUCCUCUUCCUCCUCGCACUACUCCCAUCCUCCCAACGCUCCCUAUCCCCCUCCACCUCCCCCCCCUCCUCUCCCUCCCCCCCAGACCUCUCUACCCCAGCCGCCCACCUCGGGCCUGGGACCAAACCACACACGUCCGGUGCAGUACCCCUCGUCCAAUCAGACUCCUUCCACCCCCCAUUCGCCCUUGUCCAGCACGGCAACCAAUCAGAUGGGAGGGUUUCCAUCUUUCCCUCCUGGUGCCUCCUCCGGAGCAAACAUGCCACUUCCUGGUUCGGGCGUGUCUUCUACCUGUUCCCCAGGGUGUAGGCCCUCCUCCUACCACGGCACCUUAAACAGCCACCCCCCCUUCAGUGGCCCCUACCACCCCAAUGGGAACAGUGGCAGUAACCCGGCCCACAGCAAUAGUAGCAGUGGCAUACCCAACAACAACAGCAAUAGCAACUCGAACUCCCACUCUCUCUCGCCCCCUAACGCCUCCAAGGGACCUCUUGGCAACCCUGGCAACAACAACGGCACUUCAACCCCCAGCUCCAGCUCCACACUUCCUGGAGACGGGCAUUCGGAUUCGUCUACUGGCCCUCUCCCUCCGCCCGUCAUCAAGGAGGAACCAAUAGAGGAACGGGAGGAGAGCGAGAGCCCGCCCCCGGUGUUGAGAAGCCCGUCCCCUGAGCCCAAACUUGUCGACGUUCCAAUCCACGCCAGCCAGUCCGCGAGGUUCCACAGGGUUCUAGACCGGGGCAGUGGGAACUCGUGCGCUCGCAGCGAUGUUCUGUUCGUCCCGCUGGAUGGAUCCAAACUGUGGAAGAAGAGGAACGAGGUGAUCGAGAGGGCCCGUCGAGAGGUGGAGCAGAGAGCCAGAGACCUGCGAGAGAAAGAGAGAGAACGAGAGCGAGAACGGGAAAGAGAGAGGGAACUGGAGAGACACCUACAACAACAGAAGGACAACAACAACAACAACGCCGUAGGAGGAGGGCUACGCCAAGGCUCCUCCCUCUUCUUCCCCUCGUCUUCCUCCAUCCUCCUCGACCCUUCAUCCUCCUCCUCCUCUUCCUCUGGCAACCCUGCCUCCCACCCUCCCCCUCACCCCCAGCACCACCACCCCCACCCCCACGCUCACCUGCACCCCUCCCACCCUCUUCACCCUUCCCUCUCUCACUCCAUCCCCCACUCCCUCCUCCUCCCGUCCAUGGGAGGGGCAUCAGCAGUAGUUGGGGGUCCCCAGGGGGCCCUAGGGAUCGGGUUAGGGGGUCCCUACCUGGGUCCUGACACACCUGCUCUGAGAACUCUGAGCGAGUACGCGCGGCCGCACGCCAUGUCUCCCCUAGGCGCGGCCAGCCGAGCGCAGGCCCACCACCCUCACGUUCACCACCACGCCCACCCCCACGCCCACCCCCACGUCCACCCUUCCUUCUUCCUCCCCCAGUUCCAAAACCACGGCUUGGGCCACCCUCACCACCUCCCCGCCGACGCUGCCACGGCAGCCGCCAUCUUGGGGUUCCUGUACGGGGGUAGUCUGGAGGGGGGUCAUGGGGGAGUACCUGGGGGGCCGGGGCCAGGGGGGAUGGGCGGUGCAGGGAUGGGCUUCCCUCAUGCGAUGGCAGCCCACAGGGACCGCAUGAAGCCGGGCUUUGAGUUUAAGAGUGAGGAGAGGAUGUAUCCGCCGGUCUCCAUGGCAGACCAAACGGCUCUUGCCCUCGCUCACUCCCACUCGCACGCCCACGCCCAUGCCCACGCACACGCCCACUCCCUCCUGUUAGGGGGUGGAGGAGGGGGGGGUGGCGAGGUGUCACUCUAUGGCACGCCCCCUCCUUCAGCCCCUCAAGCCCCACCCCCUCUCCAGAACCCGGGGCUAGCCCCUGUGAGCCGACCCCCCAACCCCUCCGCCCCCCGGCCCCUCUCCAACCCACCCCCAUCCUCCAUAGUCCCUCCCCCACUCCCCACCCACCCCGUAACCACACCCACCGCUGCUCCUCCUCCCCCAGCCCCCGCCGCCCCUCCUCCAGCUCCUCCCCCUCCGCCCUCCUCCUCUAACCCCGCUUCAUCCCACCAUCAUCCCUCCCCCCACCCUUCCUUCCCCAGCUCCCUCCACUCUCACCCCCCACCCGCCCCCACCCUGGGUCCAGCCGCCCCCGCUGAGACCUACCCCACUCCCACUCGCUCGCCCGCCUCCUCGGAGAGAGAGAGGAGCGGGGAGAGGGAGAGAGAGAGAGAGAGGGAGAGAGACAGAGUGGGGCUGCCAGCCAGUGGGGAGAGAGAACAAGAGAGGGAGAGAGAAAGAGGGGCAAGUGGUGGAGGAGGAGGAGGAAGCGGAGGAGGAACAGGAGGAGGAGGUGGUGGUGGAGGAGGAGGAGGCGGAGGAGGAGGAGGGGAGAAUCUGGGGCGUCUCCAGAUGUUGAACGUUACGCCACACCAUCACCAGCACUCACACAUCCACUCCCACCUACACCUGCACCAGCAAGACACAGCGGCGGGCGGGGUGCACCCCCUGAUGGACCCGCUAGCAUCGGGGUCUCCCCUGGCACGCCUGCCCUACCCCGGAGCCUCCCUGGGCACCCCCAUCCUGGCACACCCCCUCACUGAUAGCGAGGUGCUACGCCAGCAGCUCUUCGGCGCUCCGUUCCGCGAGCUUCCCCAGCCCUCCUCUCUCUCUGGCCCCAUGUCCGCGGCCCAUCAGCUACAGGCCAUGCAGCAGGCCCAGAGCGCUGAGCUGCAGAUUCAGAGGCUGGCCCUGGAACAGCAGUGGAUCCACCACCAUCACCACCACUCCCUCACCCAGGACGAGUACUACAGCCACUUGAAGAAAGAGAGUGACAAGACUUUGUGAGGGAAGGAAAGAGAGGGGGGACGUGUCCAAGGAUGACAAGCGGAAGACAGGAGAGAAUAAUGUGCAAAAAGGAAAACAAAACAAUGAACGAAAGCACUGAACAAUGAAGAAAGAUUUUAAAGAAAAACAUGGACAGGACACAUCAUAGGACUGACCUGACUGCGAGGAAGGGGUUAAAGAAUGGAGGGAGGGAGAGCGAGGAGUGAAAAUGUUGCGCACAGUCCUUGUGUUUACUGUACGGUGUCCUAGAUCCAGACUCCGGCGCUUCUUAGCGUAUGUUGUUCAACUCCAGUCUGUUUUGUAAUGUGCUCUGUAUAUUAGGCGGGGGCAGCAAUAUAGUGCAGUACAGUAUGUGUAAAAUACCUUUAUGCCAGAACGAAUGUGUACAUGAGUCUUUCUUUUCUGUCAUUGCAUGUAGCUAGGCGCUUCUUCUGAACUGGUGGAACCUUUAAUCUAUUUUUAGUAACGAACCCCUUUGUACCUGAGGUGUUCUAUGAGUAUGCAUGAGCCCAACGACUUAGAGUCGUGUUAUGUUUAUGAUCAAUAGUAUUGUUAUAAUUAUUGUUGAUGUGUUGUCUGUUUCAUGAUAAUUAUAUAAUUAUAUAUACAUAUUAUUUUCUAUUAUUUUUUUACAUUUUCAUGGUAUG